UUGGAUUUUCACCUCUGUCCUAUAAAGCAAGCUGUGCUGUCUGCGUGGAGGUCAUGUGACUUGGAAAGGAAGGGGGGAGGAUUGGAAGAGAAAGAAAAAGCCAGCAUCCCAGUAGGAAUCAACCUGGCCCUUUUCACUGGACUGGCGUUUAAUAUUGGACUCUUAAUAACUUGGACAUGUUUGGCCCAGGGCAACUGGUAUCUACUCUCCUGCCUGCAGUUUUCCAUUCACCUGCAGCUCACUUUUUCCCCGCGUUCCCAACCAGACUGGGCUCUCAACCUCAGAUUCUGAUCCCGGGGCCCUUUAUCAGCUAUGAAUCUUUGAGGAAUUAUCUGCAGCCAGAGCCAUGCAAGGAAGCUUUGCUCCUGGCCACGCAGGCGGUCGGGAUGGGUCAAAUCACAGAGGGCAUAGAUGAACAGAGGCCAGUGAAGCAGCGUCGUGCACGGGCCAACUACAGCAGCUGGCAGCUGGAGGAGUUGGAGAAGGCCUUUGAGACCACCCACUACCCAGACAUCUUCAUGAGGGAAGCCCUGGCCCUCAGACUGGACCUCAUCGAGGCUAGAGUACAGGUUUGGUUUCAGAACCGGCGUGCCAAGAUGAGGCGGCAGCUGAAACUCCAGGGCCAGCUUGUGGGGCCUUACGUAAAAAGAGACAGUGAUGAAACGUCUGACAAAGCGAACAGGAGUUUAAAACAGCAGACAGAGAGUUCUGACAGCGAGCACUGGGAGAGACGACAGGAAGAAGAAAACUAUCCAUGGACAAAAGCUUCGAGUGCUCCGCUGAGCCUGUGUAUGCAACCUGUGACCCAGAGGUCAGGGAAGUGGGAGAGGCCGGAGGGGCCGAGCUCAGAAGAGCUCCGCUCCUGCAGCAUCGCCAAGCUGCGGGCCAAAGCCAGAGAGCACAGGGCUGAGAUCCACAGUACUGUAAACAUGUCAGAAGGCGUCACACAGCCCCAAACAGAGGAAGCUGAUGCCAUGCGCAGUGAUUGAUCAUUUUCCUUCUUCCUGUUUGUACAGAUAAUCAUAACUAAACAACAGCAGUAGCAUACUUAUUUUUAACUUUUUGGGAUGAGGAGUUGCAUUAUUUACCUAUCAUUAACAGAAUAUUUCAUUUAAUAUAAAAUAUUACAGUAAUCUUGUAUAUGAUGUUACUCAUUUUUUAUGUUGAUCAACUAACUUUUUUGUAGACAGUUUUAUUUAAAUAGGACUUUAAGGAAGUUAUGUUGAAGUUGUGGUGGUUAACACAUAUCAGUGCUUUGUUUUGUUUUGUUUUGUUUUGUUUUGUUUAAUGCUGCUUCUGUAAAGCUAUCUGGGCCCUUAAUUCAUUCCUUCAAGGAUUGAUUGAUUAUUUUACAUGUUAUUCUGGGUGCAGGUGACAGUGCAUAAUGUCAGUCUGUCAGGUAACAACUGAAAUGGGAUAAGACGGAUCAUUUCUAAAUGAUUUCACCAAUGACAAGCUCACCGCUGACUUCUCGGGUUACCGUUGCAGACAGGCAGGAAGUCUGCAUGAAUCCACACGUCCUCAUGGGAAACAAUGGAAAUAGCUGAAAAAUGAAAUCAUGAAGAGUGACUGUAUAUACGUUACAUGAUAAAUGUCUGUUUCCUUCAAAACUGCAUGCAUCAAAGACUUAAUGUACAGUAUUUUUUCUGGUUUCCAUUUAAAGUGAUAGUUAAAAAGAAAAGGUUGUGAAUCUAAAGAGGAGAUUUGAGUUAUCAUUUUAAUGUCUGAAGUGACUUGAACCCAUUCAAAAAACACAAAAUAACAUCACAAUUAAAUGAUUAUCAUGGAUGAGGACAGAAAAUAUGACUUGGUGUAGAUAUAUGGAACUGUUUAGGUUUUUUUGAAACAUCCUUAAUCUGGUUUAAUUAAAAAAACAAACAAUUUAGCCUAAAAAUCACAGCUGUUAUGCCAAAUUUAGUAUAUGAAGGCCACAUCAAUGCCUUCAAGAUGAAUUAACCGGUAAAUUAAUUGAUUGUGUAUAUUAGUGAUUUUCACAUGUUAAUCCUAUUAAGCAAACA